AUGAGGCAAACCACAACAACCCACAGCUUCCUCCACGACGGCCAUCCGCAAAGCUACAAUAACCACGAAGCCACCACGUUGAAAGUCAACAAGGACUCCCACGCCAUUCUCAAGACCUCCCCGCCCUACUCCUCCUCCGCCUCCUCCCUCGCCGUCGCCGGCUCCGCCAAGCCGCCGCCGCAGCGCCACCCGGUCAUCAUCUACACCCACUCCCCCAAAGUCAUCCACACCCACCCCAAGGAUUUCAUGGCGCUGGUCCAGAAGCUCACCGGCCUCUCCCGCUCCGACCACGACCCGGACCCGGCCCGGUGGGACAACGCGGAGGAGGACACUCGCAAUACCUCCAAUAGUAAUCAUCAUAACAACAACAACAACAACAACGACGACAACGACUCUUCCUCGGUCAUUACGGAGGAGAACGGCCACCAGCAGCUCAAUUCUUCUUCCUCCAAUUGCUUUCUCAACAAUCCUUCUUCGGUUUUCGAGUCUCCGCCGCCGCCGAACCCCUACCACCGCCAGCUGCCGGCCGCCGCCGCCGAUCGAUUAAAUUUAUACCCGCCCUUCUUUGGCUACGCGGAUCCGUUGUUGUUUGGGACGUCGCCCGCUUUCAGGACCUUGGAUGCCAUUAAUGAUCACUUUCCUGAGUUCUCAUAA